AUGGGAUUGCCGCAGAAUAUCCUAAUUGUGGGCGGAGGAGUCUUUGGCCUAUCCACGGCCCUCUCUCUCAGCACCCGCUAUCCCAAUUCAAAAGUAACUCUAAUCGAAGCCUCCCCCACAAUUCCAAACCCCCACGGCUCCUCGGUAGACACAAGCCGUAUUGUCCGCGCAGACUACGCACACGGCGCAUACUCCAAACUAGCUGCCUCCGCUAUUCAAAAAUGGCGCAGUACCCCCUGGGGUGAAGAAGGGCGCUACACACAAAACGGACUGUUACUCGUGUACCCAGCAGACAGCGCCAGCGCAAAGGAAUACGCACGCAAGAGCUAUGCAAACGUUCGCGAAAUCGAAGGCGACAAUGUUGUCUUUUUACCUGAGAAAAAGGACGUACUGGGUGUUGUUCCUCCAUACGGCGAGACGCUAGAUGUAGCAGGUGGCUAUGUGAAUUGGGGAUCGGGCUGGUCCGAUGCCGGGGCUAGUGUGGCAUAUGCAAAGUCCCUCAUUGAUAAGGAGGGAAAAGUGACUAUUCAACAUGCAGAGGUGAGACGGGUUAUUUUCUCUGAGGAGAAGGGCAAGGGUAGCAAGCCUCGCGCAACUGGUGUCGAACUAGCGGAUGGAUCGUCUGUCAUGGCUGAUCUGGUUGUUCUUGCUACUGGAGCUUGGACGCCUAGACUUGUUGAUUUACGUGGUAAGGCUGUGGCUACUGGACAGGCUAUUGCGUAUAUCAAGAUUAGUGAUGAGGAGCAGCGUGAGUUGGAAAACCUGCCUACUAUCUUGAACUUUGCGACUGGAAUCUUUAUUAUUCCGCCACGGGAUAAUCUGCUCAAGAUCGCGAGACAUGCGUAUGGGUAUCGGAAUCCGGUUAGCGUGCCUGUUCCUGGUGUCAAGGAUUCCGAAGACAGGAUGCAGGUUAGUCUACCUGAGACGGGGGUACCUGUCCCGCUGGAGGGGGAGGAGGCGUUCCGUGUUGCGCUGAGACAGCUUCUGCCACGGUUUGUGGAUCGGCCGUUUGCUGGUACGAGGAUUUGCUGGUACACUGACACUCCGGAUGGUGACUUUAUUGUCUCGUAUCAUCCUGCAUAUGAGGGACUUUUCAUGGCUACUGGUGGUAGCGGACAUGCUUAUAAGUUCUUCCCUGUUCUUGGUGAUAAGGUUGUUGAUGCGAUGGAGGGUACUUUGGAACCUGAGUUGCGGGAGCUAUGGGAGUGGACUGAGUUGGCUGCGCCUACGAAUGAGGAUAUAUUUGAUGGUGACGGGAGUCGGUCAGGGGCACGAAACUCUAUCUUGAUGGAUGAGUUGGCCAAGACUGCGAAGGUCAAGAGAGGAAGUGCAUUGUAA